GCCGGCGCGUCGAACAGACUGCGGCCAGGAUAAAUCGCUGACGUCGCGUCUGUUGUCGUUUUGGCUCCACAUAGGUACAUAAAUGUUGCGUUUCGAAAUGCAUAUGCGAGCUUAAAAUUUUCUUGGUCUGCCACAGUUUCUGGACCACUGUGAUAAAAGUAGUCUUCCAGUUUUCUUUCGUUUCGACUGGGUCACUUUCCGGCUUUCCCGAUAUCUGUAUCCGGCACCAUUCAUUCCACACCAGAAUACAUUCCCUUGUUCUUUUGAAUUUUCUGUUGUCCGACCGGAAGUCAGUGAAUGACCGGUUGACUACUGUGGCGGCGCAGUAAAUACACGCAAAACAGCAGAAGGAUGUCGCAUUCUGUGAGCAGCGGGUCUCCUCGACCGGCGGUGGAAAAGAUCGAUGUCGGUCCAGGAUUCGUGGGAAUUAUGUUUUGCCCAGAAUGCAACAACAUGUUGUAUCCCCGAGAAGAUAAAGAGCGAAAAGUGUUGACCUAUACGUGUCGGAACUGCGAAUACGCUCAACAAGCUUCUAAUAGCUGCGUAUACGUCAACAAAAUUCUCCAUAAAGUCAAUGAACUGACGCAGAUUAACGGGGAUGUGGUGGCCGAUCCCUGUCUUCCUCGGACGGAAGAUCACCCUUGCCCGAAAUGUGGUCAUCGUGGCGCUGUGUUCUUUCAGGCUCAGUCUCGGCGCGGAGAAGAGGAAAUGCGGCUAUAUUAUGUGUGUGCUGCUCAAAACUGCAAUCACAGAUGGACGGAAUGAGCCUAACUUAUCUCCUUCGAAACAAAUCGUACAGCGAAACGCUCGUCUCUUUCUCCGCAGCCACAUGAACUUUACGGUGCUUUCCAAGUUUUUCUAGUAAAUUACUUUAAUUUUCUGUUUAUGACAAAUGCCAACAGUGUUUAACUGCUGUCCAAUGUGACGCUGUACGCAGCCGAGUGAUUACCAUUUUGCAAUUCAUUUUGUUUGUGCACAGUUAAAAAGAGAUAAAAACAAGUAAAGCAUAACU